CAGGACAGUUGGCUUACGCUAGCAAUGUCCAUGUGUAUACUGUCAGUCACAAAGUUGAAAUCAGACAAGCAAAGUAACUUGGCCUGCAUUGCAGGGGGCUGAACUAGAUUACCCUCAGGGUCCUUUCCAACUCUGCGAUUCUGUGAUUCACUAUGGCUCUUCAAAGUCCUUUUUCUAAGAAAACGGGUUUGGAACGUCAGUUUCAACCAAGGAGGUAUGUAGAACUGUGGAUUUUGCAGUAAUGUUGUUGGUGACGCUGCUAAAAAACGCACACACUGUGAGGUGAUGUUCAAAGAAGUACGAUGGAGCCUAGAUCUUCUAUUGUUAACCUUCCAGUUCUGGUGAAGAACUGGAACACAUGUGGAUGGUUCUCACAGUGAAGCUGUCAAAACCAUCACCUCUUGAGGGGGUGUUUCUCAAAUGUAGUUCAUAGAAUUUAUUAUUGCAUGGAUUUCUGCCAUCUCAUGGAGAAUAACCAUGCCCACAUGGAUAUUCCUGGUGGCUACUGGCAGGGGUUUGGAGAGUCUCCAGCAUUGUCCCAUGCUGUAUGUGCACUUUAGGUUCCAGCUCGCUGUUUCCACGCAGAAUAGUGCCCCAAGUAAGGCUAACCUAUGGAUCCGCUUGGAAUAAAAACUUAUGACAGCACAGCAACACGAAGAAGAUUCAGGCUACCGCAAGCUAACAAAAUUUUCUCUCGAAGAGGAUUAAGUGAGCAGGUUUCACUUCCGAUAUUCCUGGUCUAUUUGGAAGUGGAGAUAUGAAUGGCAUAUUAGGGCUGUCUUCCGAGUUGCACUAAAUGUGUUUUCCACAUGAAGGCCACAAACAUUGCCGGAUCCCACAACUCCCACCAGUUCCCGUCAGAUGAUUUAGUAAGAGGUCAGGGAUGAAGGGAGAGAAGCCCAGCAAGGCUUGGGAGAGCCACAAGUUAGCUACUACUUGCUAUAGAGCUAUUCCUGCCAAAUUCAAUGAGGCUACCACUGUAGAGGAAGUGCUCAGUGUUGUAUUAAUAGUAACAGAACAGGUAAAACAACUGGUAGAACAGUCCCCAAAGAAUUAAUGAAUGUUAGAAUGAUGUUGGAAUGAAGCUAAGGGGUUUUUAGUAGCAAUGCUAUAAGGAGUAUGUAAAAAUGGACUGCUAACAGAUGAGAAUAUACAGUUAUUAUAUAUUAAGACAAAGAUUUAAGAUAAAAACAAAGAGGGAAAGGAUUUGCUGAAGUUAACUUAUUGAACUGGAAUACAAAAAAGGGGAGGUGUGAGGAGGUCAGGGAAACAAGUGAAUGAAAGACAAGAUAUGGAAAGAUUGAUUUGUUUUUAAUUGUUCUUACUUUUUUGCAUUUUGUAUUCUCUUUUUUCUUUUUUUGAUUCUUUUUCUUUUUUUUCUUUUUUCCCCUUGUUCUUAUUAUUAUUAUUGUAACCUUUUUUUAUCUUUGAAACUUUAAUAAAUAUCUUAUAUAUAAAAAAAAGAACAGUCCCCAAAGAAGGCAGGACAAAUUUCUGUUAUGCAAAGUUUUGCUGACUGGUUGCCAAAGUAAAAGUGUGAGAAUAAUUUCCCCAUUUAGACAGGUUUGACUUAUAAUUUGUGUUUUGAAGAGAAGAAAGCUUUUUCUUUUUUUGCUUCGUUUUAAAAAUGGAUUUAUAUAUGCUUGCAAAUGUUUUGUUCAGUUUCAAUUUGCCAUGGAUAAGAAAGAGAAAUCAAAUCAGUGUGGUGGUGGCGACAGCUUUUUCCCAUUGUAUACUUUGCCCUAAAGGGACGCGGGUGGCGCUGUGGGUAAAACCUCAGCGCCUAGGACUUGCCGAUCGCAUGGUCGGCGGUUCGAAUCCCCGCGGCGGGGUGAGCUCCCGUCGUUCGGUCCCAGCUCCUGCCCACCUCGCAGUUCGAAAGCACAAUUAAGUGCAAGUAGAUAAAUAGGUACCGCUUUAUAGCGGGAAGGUAAACGGCGUUCCGUGUGCUGCUCUGGUGCCGGUUCGCCGGAGCAGCUUCGUCACGCUGGCCACGUGACCCGGAAGUGUCUGCGGACAGCGCUGGCUCCCGGCCUAUAGAGUGAGAUGAGCACACAACCCUAGAGUCUGUCAAGACUGGCCCGUACGGGCAGGGGUACCUUUACCUUUUAUACUUUGCCCUAUAACACCCUCUUGUGGUUUAUAUUUGUUUUGUCAGAUACAUCCCCUCCUGCCUCAGUAAAAUAACAGGAAACCAUGCGAAUUUCCAUUCUGCUUUUGGUAUUGGUCUUCACUGACCUUCUGAGGAACCGAGGUGCACUGUAAACACAACAUGCUAUGUGCAUUCAUGCUUCCACUCAUAAAUUAGUUCCGUUCCGUUUAGUGGUUAACCAAAAAGGUUUUAAGCACUCAUUCAUAAAUCACUGAAAACAAAUAUCGAAGCCAUGAUGUUCUUUCCUAUAGGACCCAUCCGUCACCAGCCCUUUGCUGAACCACCUUUGCUGCACCAGAACUCAUGCCAGUGUGGUGUAGUGGUUAAGAGCAGUAGACUCGUAAUCUGGGGAACCGGGUUCGCAUCUCUGCUCCUCCACAUGCAGCUGCUGGGUGACCUUGGGCCAGUCACACUUCUCUGAAGUCUCUCAGCCUCACUCACCUCACAGAGUGUUUGUUGUGGGGGAGGAAGGGAAAUGAGAAUAUUAGCCGCUUUGAGACUCCUUCGGGUAGUGAUAAAGCGGGAUAUCAAAUCCAAACUCUUCUUCUUCUUCUUCUUAUAUGAAAUCCCUGGUAGCUUCAAACAACAGCCAUAUAAGGACACUUCAGAUUUAAAAGCAACGUACAGAAAGAAGCAAGGAGUUGAAUUGGUGCUCCUAUCCGGUCCCUUGCACCCUUGGCAAUGAGAUGUUGGCUGCUCAAAGCAGCACAGGAGUGGCUUGGGGGGUGGGCAAGCUCUCCUAGCCACUCUGAGCCAGAGUGGAGAGGCGCCAUUUUUGUGCCCCCUCCUGGGCCUGCACCCUUGGUGGGGGUCAACCUAGCUAAUCCCUAGGUACACCCCUGUAGAAGUGUUGGGGGAGCCAUAUUUUCAGAUGCAUUGUCCCUAUGCCUUCAGCACCAUCUGACCAUGCAGAAAUCUGGGCAGGUGAAACAUCUCCUGGCAUGAAGGCAGUGAUGGGAAAGCUCUGACCUGCUUAACUGCUGUGCAUAGGAGCUGGGCCAAUAAAAAUGGGCUGGAGGUUUACGUUGGGUUUAUUCAAUUUAUACAUUGCUUCCCACUAAAAAUCUCCCACAGCAAAUUACACCCAAAGUAAAACACACAAUAAAAACCUGUGUAAGCAUUAUUAAAAAAAUAGACUUUGCAGCACAAUAUCAUAUUGCUGUCCAAAUGUCCCUGCGGGGCGGGGGGGCGGGAAUAACUUUGGCAGACACCAAAAUGAUGGCAAGGUUAGGAAUGUGCAGGACUCCCUAAGAAGAGCACAAACACAAGUAAAACUCACUCUUGUUCAAGAAGAUCUGAUCUUGGUCAAAAAGUAAACACCUUUGCUCUGCAUUAGCUUUGCUUUUUGCCUCCAAGAGAAGAGAGAGGGAAGCAUCAAAGGCAAGGGGGAUUUGCUAUGUUUCGUUUCUUAGUUUGAUCUUUCUACCUAGUACAUCUUUUAUACUAGAGGUGGGGAACCUGUGACCCAGAUGUCAUUGGUCUCCAGUUCCUAACUGCUCCAGUCAGGAAGGCCAAUGUUCAGGGGUAAUGGGAAGUUGGGAGUCCAACACACCUGCAGGGUCACAAGUUCCCCAUCCUUGUUUUAGACAAAGCAUUUAGCAGUUGCUCAUCACCUUGUCCAAAAAGCAGCAACUAUACAAAUCUCACCUGCCCAAAGCAGAAGAUAGUUUGUGCACAUGUGUGACCCCAGGACUGAUAUUUUUGUUUCCAGCCAGGUCUUAAAAUACAUACCUUUGCAAAACAAACAGAUAACAGAAGCAGAGGAUUGAAUACCACUACAGCUAAAAGGGAAAUUCCUAACCCACAAAUGUCUAGCCAAGCCCUCUAGCAGACAAAAGGUACAUGCCCUUUUGUCUGUGGUGAAUAUUCAUGACAAAGCCAGUCUGGUUUCCAAUGGAGACAGUAAACACACUGGGGAAACCCAAGGCUCUUGGGGUGUUUGGUUUCAGCUGCACCACCAGAACAAAAGCUACCGUAGUACUAAGCUACAACAACAGGCUCUCCUUACACAAUCAGUGGGCAUUCUGGGGAUUCCUGAAGCAAUGAGGGCGUUAGAAAGGGCACAUCAGUGUGGCUUGAGUUCCAGGAACAAAAGCUUGCUACGGACAGCUGAUAACUCAGAGCUUCCAAUAGCAGCAUCUUUAGCUUAGAAAAAUAUUAUCGUAUGGAAUCUUGCCUCCAUGCAGUGCACAGUUUCAGCUUCGCAACACAACACUGUUAGGCCAUCCAGUAAGUGUGCACAAACCCAAACAGGAAACCUGCAGAACCUCUUCAGACAUGCUGCGUGCUGGACACCAAGGUUUCGAUUUGUUUCGCUUACCUAAUCAAAUGCCUAAGGGAAAAUGCUGGCUAAGGAAAACUGCGAAUGUUUAGGGACUUGCUAGCACUUGCCCAAGCUUCUUGGGGGCUGGUGACCCAGUGUUGCUUGGCAGAGAAAAGCUCAUAUAGGAUGGGGAGCAGAGCAAAUGGACUCAGGAGGACAACAUCGGCAGGCUUCCGGUCACCGGCUACCAGCCCUGCAGAUGUGAAUUUAGCCUCAUCCUCGUCUCCUUCGCUCAGCAGCAGCCAAUCUGCAAGGACUCUACUGGCUACCACACAGAGCUCGGUGAAACAAUCAAGCAAAAGCCGUGGUGGAGAGGAGCAAGAAGCCCUGAAAGCAGACCAGGUCCGGCAGGACACAGUCUGGAGAGAGUUUGUGGAGGCCGAAAGAAGAGCAACGAAAUAUUGGUGAGUAACCCAAUAUAAUUCUUCCCCUGACAGAACUGUACUCCCAACUCAUGUUUGACCACGGGUGGGCAUCCUGGACUGCCACGACAGAUGGGGAGUUCGUCCAGGCUUCGGCUCAUCCCACGGCUUUCCCCUGGGGAAAACGCACCAUUUGCCACUCAAUCAGAACAAAACAUCAAUUGGUUUUUCUGCAGAUUAAUGUUUGUUCUGAUUCAGCGGUAAACAGUGGGUUUUCCCCAAGGGAAAGUAGUAGGGACAAGGAAAAACACACUCAGAAAGCAUGGGAUAAUUGGGAAAUGUCUAGGACUCAUGCUUUCUAGGCACAGGACAGGCAGAAGUGCGGAUGGGUCAUGAGGCUGCAGUCCAGCCCCCCUUUGCGCCAGGCCAGGGGGGGGUUUGGAUUGGGCAGAGGUACCUCUUUGCCCAGUCCAGCCUGUCUGCUGGCCAGCGUGUCUGCAGAUGUAGUGGUGGCGCAGCUGUUUUGCCACAGCCUCCCACUGCCCACCUGGACUGUCCUAUAUUACUCAUUGGGACGUGGGUGGCGCUGUGGGUUAAACCACAAAGCCUAGGACUUGCCGAUCAGAAGGUAGGCAGUUCGAAUCCCCGUGACGGGGUGAGCUCCCUACUGCCAACCUAGCAGUUCGAAAGCAUGUCAAAGUGCAAGUAGAUAAAUAGGUACCACUCCGGCGGGAAGGUAAACGGCGUUUCCGUGCGCUGCUCUGGUUCGCCAGAAGCAGCCUAGUCAUGCUGGCCACAUGACCCGGAAGCUGUACGCCGGCUCCCUCGGCUAAUAAAGCAAGAUGAGCGCCGCAACCCCAGAGUCGUCCACGACUAGACCUAAUGGUCGGGGUCCCUUUACCUUACCUUUUAUAUUACUCAUUGUGGGUGCCACUGUUAUAAUCUCUGUCUAGUUGCAUUUGCCUAUUGUCUUGUUUCUUAGGCCUGUUGCUUUGCACAAAACAUCUUUGCAAUGUAUCUCUGUAAGAAAGAAAAAAAAGCAAAGAUAGGGGCCGAAUGGUUGCAUGCACUUUGCCUCAUGUGAAGAAUAUUUUCGUCUUUGGGGGAAAUGCAGCAAGGAAAGGCCCUUUCAUUUAUAUUGUGAGCACUCUGGUAGAUGAGGCAAGGAGCUUCUUUUUUCCAACGGUAUGUGUGCACCAGGGCCAGCAGGAUUCUAGGGCUUCUCACGCAAUGGUAAAUUCAAUACUUAUUCCAUUUCAUGGCAAAUGAAAGCUCUCUGGGGAAAAAGAAACUUUCUUGUUUUGUAGGCUUUUAAGAACUGGGGCUACCGAUUGCUCCAGCCACUCAAGCAUUACACCAAUCCUGUGCUGCCUUUAAAAAAAUAAAUGCAGUAACAGCAUCAGUAAUAAUAGCAUGAUAAUAGUUUAAUAGAACAUAGGCAUCUGGGCCAGUGGUUUUCCCACCCACCCCUCUUCAAACUCUGCUCUAAUUGAAAGGUUUAUCCCUGAAAGACAGUGUGACCACAAUUGCACACAUGCUCCUGCAAUAUGAAGAAGGACAUUGGGUGUAUUCUAAGGCAGGAGAGGGUGGAAAGAAGAUUGGGAUCCAUUAGGAGAUGGAUGGAUGGUUUUGAAGUACGUAGCUCAUCAAGCAUUUGUGACCUCCUUGCUUUUUUUUUUUAAACCAAGUGCAGCAGCAACAAAAGGGCUGCCCCCACAAACAAAUUGGCUACCCGAUUUGCAUCAGUCAGAUGUAAAUGUGUACUUGUAUAGCAGGUCAUUCCACGUAUGGUCCAUGAGGUGCAACAGGCAACCAGCUCUGCCCCACGAACCACCAUUUUGCACCUGGUUCUGGUUAGCAGACCUUGGGGUAGUAGUAAAAAAAAAAAGCAUAUCACAUACGCAUGCCUUCUAACCGCGCCUAUCAUAGAGUUAAGGUGAGCAGGUGCAAAAGAUGGCAAGGAUCCUGCACCUUUAAUAUAUGUGUAGAAGAGGGAAUUCCAGCAGGUGCAGCUUGCAUGAGACCUGCUGAAAUUCCAUCUUCUACGCAACCAUUAAAGCAGCAGGAGUUCUGUCCUCUUUUGCAUCUGCCCACCCUAGAUGUGUGCAGGUUUAGAACACAUGGGGGCUGAGUUGAGCAGUUUUCAAUUAAAGAAGCCAUUGGUUGGCCUCCUCUCAGCAGCCAGAAACAUCAUAGCCAGACACUGGAGAGACCUGUCAGGAGGAAGCAUGGACCAAUGGUACCAAAUAGUAUGGGAAACAGCCUUAUUAGAAAAAACUAACCUAUAAGCUGAAACUGACAUGGGGACAAAUGGAAGAAGACGCCUUCACCCCGGUAUGGCUCCCCUUUAUCACAUACACAGCCCAACAAGACAACAACAAGAAUGAAGACAGCACAUGAAUCAAUAUGGCUAACCUGAUUCAAAAACACCCACCCACCCCACUCACACAUGAAAACAAAGUUCACCACAGCCAAUCACAAACAAACAACCACACCCUAGGCCAACCCCAACCUCUCUCGCCACCAAAGGAACACUAGCGAAUAGCAAAGAGAACCUGCAAAAGCGACGCUGACACAAAACCCCACACAGACAUUAAGUAGAAUAGAAACAUCGCCACCGGACCCCACCCUCACUCACCAUGCCCCCCCUCUACCUCUUCCCCCCUUUUCUUCCUAAUGUAACACUAAUGUCUCAACAAAUGAAACUGAUCUGUAGAAAAUGUAACUUGGAAAAAGAGACGUUGCACAUACUUUUGUAAACAAAGAAAUCUUUACUAAAAAAUAUGUUAAAAAAAGAAGAAGCCAUUGGUUGGAGCCAGCCCUAUAACUAUAUCUUUAUUCUAGUCCUUUUAAUGCCAUCUUUAAUUUCGGAACAUCUGGCAUUGCUAUGCUUGGCUAACAAAACUAAAGCACCCUCUCUUUAUUAUUCCAAAGGUACCGGAACUGGAGUUUCUUAAAGGACUACGAUCCAUUGGUAAGUCAAAGGCGAACACCCCUGUUACAAAAGGGAUGAGGAACUUCAGAGUGGUAUAAUUAAGGUAUUCUUGCCUUAAUUAUGCUUGUUCGUUUCUGUCUUCUCCCCCCGCCACCCACACCCACACCCACACCCACACCCACACCCAACAAUGGACCCUAGCAGGGGUCCACAAACUUUGGAAGUUUUUGGUAGCCAGGCAAACCUUUGCUAUUUCCCACAAAAGGUUGGGGAGUGCUAUGUUCUCAUGUUAAGCUUGGGAGAUGCUCUGCCUAAGUGCUGGCAGAGGGCAGUAUUAAUGCCUCCUCCCCAGAAACAUGCAGGGAUUGCAUGCUGAGCACAAGGUCUCAGAGAUUUUCUUGCCCUUAUCCAUGCUUGGGUCAUGGCUGGAGGAAUCACCCAGAUGUUUUGUUAGCUUAUAGUUCCCAGUCUCCCAUCCAAGGGAGAUAGGAGGCUGCUUUAUAAAAUGACAGACCUACUUAACUUCAGCAGAAAAAAAACUGCCUACAAGUCUCUAUCACUGAGCAAUUCUCCUCUCUCUUAAAAAGAGUUUGUUUUACUCUUGUUUGCCUAGGUUUCUUAAUUCAUACUCAUUUUAAAUAUUAUUCAAAUUCUAUGCAAGGUGCCUUGCUGUCAGAAGAACAUCAAAAUCUCACUGCUUUCGGAGAUGAGGCUGAUGAGAUUUCUCCACCCUUCUUCCAAGCACAAAACAGAUAUGACUGCAAAGGGAGAAUUGUGGUCACACUUAAGAGGGUGCUACCAAUUCUCUCCUUUUCAGCAUGGUGACACCAGGUGACUGGCAGGUGAGGGGCCCCACUCACAUCUGUUCAUGUGGCCUGCAGGAUGGUGGGGGCAGAAGGAAGAGAAUUCUAGAUCUGGACCACUAGCUGAAUCCAGUUGCCCACCCCUGCCUUACAGAGACUUCUGGGAACUGCAGUACUGCAGGAUAUAGACGCCACGUUAACAGUUAUCCAAUUUUAGUUCAUAUGUUGAAAACCGGUCUGUGAAUACUUGGAAAUAAAGGAAGUAAAUGCAGUAUUUACAGAAGCAUUUUCUGUUUGUUUGAGGCAAGCUCACAUAACUUGACGUUUCUUUUACCCAGGGCAGGCUAAAAGAACCUGAGCAGCUUCCUGAAUACAUGUCAGUUUUCUCAGACAAAAUUCCCAACACCAGCGGACAUGUUAUUGGCAGCAGAAUGAACACAGAUCUCGGCAAAACACUAGUAAAAAUGGAUUACUUCCUCAACUAUGGCAGAAGAAAAAAUAAACUUGGACAGGAACUCCAGGCUUCCUAGAAUCAGAAAAAAGAAUUCUACUCCCCUCUUUUAAAAGAGGAACUACUGCUCUAACUACAACCACCUACAACCAAAAACAAUAACAUGCUUUCUCUCUCUAUAUAUAUGCCAUGUUUCCAAAGGCUAGUUGAAAUUCUAUCCAAAUAAGGCAUUUAGUGAUUUCAAAGUGGACACCUGAGAACAUACGGACCACAUUUAAUAUUUUUAGUUUCAACGUUUUAAGAAGUUUAUGGAGCUGAAUCACAUUCCAAAAGCUUAAUCUGUGCUGAGUUAUGUGAGAGAACCAAGAGGUCUAUCUUUACCAAAUCUGUCAUUUUUUGGCAGCUUAUAUUUGCUCUACGAAAAACUAAGAGCCGUCUACAUUAUCUGCCCACAGGCAGUUGCCAUCAUUAUAUUAUAUUCAUUGCAUCAAAGAGAACCAAAACAACUUUCACAGUGAUAUAGUGACCUGUGAAAGGACAUGCAAUUUAACAGCUAUGCAAGUGAGAAAUGAUUUCAUUCAAGGUUACAGUUUGUUCCAAAUUUGACCUUGCAUUCUGCCUAAGUUGUUGUGGGGAACAGAAAGCAGUCAUGACCUCCUAGCAGACAGUGCUGGCCAGAAGGCUGGCUGGCAGCUUCUGAGCAGAUUGUUAACAAAGCAAUUUGCAACGAUUUUGUACAAGAUCUUCAGAGCAAGGAGAACCAAAGCUGUCCUUUCCUGAUGUUUGUUGGACCGCAAAUCCCAUCAGCCCCAGGCAGCAAGAAUAAUGGGAGCUGGAGUCAAACAUCAUUUGGAGAGGACCCUGAUCUAGAGUCCUAGGACAUUAUUUAAAGGUCCAUGAGGCCACCGCUUUGCUGAAGGUAAGCAGAUCAGCCCAAUGCCUGGAUGGGAGACUGACUGGGAAAUAAGAGUCAUGGAAGAUUGGUUGUACAAUGAAGGGUGAGUUUCUCUCAAAUGAAGACUGCAUGGAUUGCUUCUACGUAUCUGCAGCCUUCAGCACCUAUUGACUACAACUUCUCUUUACCCUAUAGUUAUAGCUCCUUUAUGAACUAUCACCAGUUCACCAUCUUUCUUAAGCAAAGUGGUCCAGAACAUUACAUAGCAAAGAUCUGGUGGUGCCAAACAGGGGGUGCUUUGAGUGUACAAAGGCAAUCCCUCUCACUGAGAAAAAGUUUCAGGACAGGUCUGUGGAUGGCCAUACCCAAUCAAAGACUAGGAUAGUCCCUGUUGUGUCCAGUGCUGGAAGUGUGUGUUUAAGACUGAGCUGAAGGCCUGAUGUGCAAUGGCAGAAGAAACUGACCUGUUGUCCAGAUAAGGACAGAAAGUGAAGAUCCUGGAAUCGAUAAUGUCAAAUUAAGGAGCGUAAGAACUCUGCCCUAAGCAACUUAAAGGAAGCUGUGUUGGUCUAUGAAGUGGGUGGGGGAAUAAUACACCAUCUUGAAAAUGAAUCUAAAAGCUGGCCUUAUAGCUAUAAAACCCAACUUAACUUCUUGUACUUUUUUAUUUCUCCUCAUCCCUGUCCUGCACUUUGUGUAACGUCUUGACAGAUGAAGAGUUCAGGAGAACUUGAAAGCUUGCCGCUAUGUUACGGCAUUUUGGUUGGUCUCAAUGAAGGUAACGCCCAACUGUGGGUUUUGAAUUCCAUUCUCAUUCAUCCACUUCUGUUCACACACAUGAAAAAGAAGCCUGGGAUUCCCCCCUCCCCAAGUAUCUAAUUGCUGGUAAACUACACAAAUUAUUGCCUAGGAAACUACUGGAAAGCAGAGGAAAAUAGAGAGUCCUAAGGGAUCGUUCGGCAGAGGCUUUACGUCCUCCCAGUCCCAGCUGACUAAACUGAUUGGACCCACUUGGAAAGAACUGCCACUGGCUUCCUGUUGCUGAAGCCCUUUUGUGGGAACAAAUUGUCCCUUAUUUAAAAUGCUUUUUAAAAGCACACAUUUACAGCUGGUCAUGUACACUACAGCUGAUAGAAUUCAGCAUGCGACGGACCAUACUUGUCAAAAGAGUUAAUAGUACGAGAGUGAAUCAUUCAAUUCAAGCAUCUACAUUUGCAAUGUGUUGGAAAUCCUGGAAACCAGCAUUGAAAUAAAUUUUUCCAGCAUCAACUGGCUCUGCCUUCUCUUUAUCACUUUGCUGUGGGGUGCAAACCACUUUCCAGUUGCACCCGUGUUGAUCACAUCAUUGGCCUGGGAAGCCAAGUACUGCCUACCUGACUAACGGUAGCUCUCCAAUCUUGGGGGAAAUGCCUUUCGCAGCCCUGAUAAGCCCUAUUACCUGGGGUCCUUGUAAGGGAUAUGACAGCGGUUGAACCCGUGACUGAAGCUCUGUGCCUCUUAUAAUGGCUUAAUCCCUUUCUGCCAGCCAGGAUCUCAGAAAACCCUGAAAACAGUUUUCUAUUGGACUCGAAGGCUUGGCGAGACUCUGUGAAGAAAAAGAACAACACACUUUGGAGGAUACGUAAUGGUGAUGUUUUCUUCCUGACUAAUUGAAUACAGAAUAAAUAACACUUUGUUCACAAUCCUAAAACCACUUAAGGUAAUCACACAGAAUUCAGUGAUGUUGCUACUGAAUGCAGAGACUACAACACAAAAUACUUAGCGACCUGCAGAUGGCACUCAAGGCUGACUUAUUUAAAAAUGUAGAGAUUUUCUAUGUUAAAUCGUUUUUAUUAAUUUUCCAAUAAAAAACAUCCAGUUAACAUAUCAACUCAUAAUCCAAUU